AUGGAGGCGCCUAUCGAUGUCGUUCCUUCCGUCGAGGCUCCAGCCGCCACACACGAUGAUUCCACCACGAAAGCGGCCCUGACGCCGCCCACGAGCGAAGACAACGAUAAGCGAUUUGAGAGAAUGUCGUCCGAAUUAUCCGAUAUUGACAGCGAUGAUGGCGAGGACAUUGAACCCGAUCACUACUUCGAAGGAGGAAAGAUACCCGUCUUCAAGCCUACUAUGGAACAAUUUCACAACUUCAAGCGCUUCAUCGACAAGAUUGACAAGUAUGGUAUGAAGUCUGGUAUCGUCAAGGUUAUUCCGCCGCCAGAAUGGCGCGAAACCCUCCCCGACCUCACCGAAGCCGUCAAGAGCAUCAAAGUCAAGAAUCCCAUUACACAAGAGUUUGUCGGGCAGCACGGCAUAUACACGCAAGCCAACAUCGAGAAGCUGCGAUCAUACAACCUACCCGAGUGGCGCGCAGUGACGGAUGAGCCGCAUCAUCAGCCACCAGCCAAGCGAGGUGAGCGCCGGAAAGCUGCUGCAGAGGCACCAUCUCGCACUCGUUCUACACGCGCGCAAGCUGCCCCUGCAAACGACGAAGCUUCGCCUGCUUCUAGACGAUCUGGCCGCCAGUCUCGGAGGCGACAGGUGAAGAAGGAGGUUGAAGAGGACGACGACGAGGAUGGCUCCAUCGACGUGCCUCCCACACCCACAUCGCCUGGCAAGGAAGAGAAGAAGACUUCAACCAGGAGAGCCAAGAAAGAACCGCGAGACGCGACACCUGUCAGAUCACGCGGUCGUCAGCCUAAGACUGUUGACGAGAAGAAGUCUGUAUCGUCACGACGACUGAACAACAGGGGCGCAGUGGCAGAUCACAUUGAUGAGGCUGCGUUUGAGGAUUUUGACUACCGUCUACCCGGCUUGGAGGAGUAUACCGUCGAGAGAUGCAAAGAGCUAGAGGACAACUACUGGAAGACCAUCAACUAUGGCCAGCCCAUGUAUGGUGCCGACAUGCCAGGCUCCCUUUUCGACGAGCGGACGACUUCAUGGAAUGUAGCCAAGCUACCUAAUCUUCUCGACGUUCUUGGCACCAAAGUCCCCGGUGUCAACACAGCUUACCUCUACCUGGGUAUGUGGAAAGCUACGUUUGCUUGGCACUUGGAAGAUGUGGAUCUUUACAGCAUCAACUAUAUCCACUUUGGUGCUCCCAAACAGUGGUACAGCAUAUCUCAGGAAGAUGCUCGCCGCUUCGAAGCUGCGAUGAAGACCAUUUGGCCGAAUGACGCCAAGCACUGCUCCCAGUUCCUCCGUCAUAAGACCUACCUGAUUUCUCCCCAGCGACUGGAGAGAGACUUUAAUAUCAAGGUCAACCGGCUGGUCCACUACGAGGGCGAAUUCGUCAUCACAUACCCUUACGGUUAUCAUUCGGGGUACAAUAUUGGCUACAACUGCGCAGAGUCGGUCAAUUUUGCGAAUGAAUCGUGGUUGAGCUACGGCAGGAUUGCGAAGAAGUGUCUCUGCGAGUCUGACAGUGUAUGGGUUGAUGUCAACGAGAUUGAGCGUAAAUUGAGAGGCGAACCCACGCCAGAGUACUACGAGGAGACUGAUGAUGAGGAAGAUGAAGAUGAUGGUGCGGACCGUCUACCCAGCCCGCCAGCCAGUGUUGUUGGCAAGGCUAAACCAAGGGCGCGUAAACCAGCUGCGAAGAGAAAGCGCGGCAAGGAAGAUCCAAAAGAGACUCCUCGGCCGAAGAAGCUCAAGCGCAUUCGCAUCCGCAUCAGAAUUCCGGGUCGGGGUAUGCCGUGCAUUCUUUGCCCUAACGAUGUGGAGUACGACGAUUUGCUGCCGACCGAUAACGGCAUGAAGGCUCACAGGAUCUGCGCCGACUACACCCCAGAGACUUAUAUCGUCAGCAAGGCUGAUGUCGAAACGGUGUGCAACGUGGCCAACAUUGGCAAAGACCGUCUGGAGCUCAAGUGCAACUACUGUCGGUCAAAGCGCGGAGCUGUUUUCCAGUGUUCACAAAAGAAGUGCACAAGGGCUUUCCACGCCACGUGUGCUGUUGCGGCUGGUGUACAGGUCGAUCUCGGCCCCAUGCCAACAUUCGACGAGGAGGGUACAGAGUACUUUUACGAUGGCUACGACUUCCGAUGCCGCUUCCACCGACCCAAGAAGAGAAACAAUAAGACUGUCGAUGUGGAAGCACUGGAAAAGGACAAGUAUGUUUUGGCUUACGGCAAAACGCUGAAGCCGAAGGAUGUUAUCCAAUUCCAAUAUGUGGGUGGUGAGAUGUACCAAAUUUAUGGUGCACAGGUCGUCGAGAAUAGACCUGGUGAACAGGCUGUCCUUGUUGACGUUCUACCUGACGGUGACCGCGUUGAGGUAGAGUGGAAGUACAUUCUCAAGCUUCAUCCCGACGAAUCACAGCGACCCAAGCCAUCUGCCAACGCUAAACCACUACCAGAGCACCUCAAGGAGACGGAUGCAUCGCUUGACAUUACCAAUCGCACAGACGGCGUACCGGAAAUGGGUGAUCCUUUCCAUGAUCCCAACUCAGUGCAGAAGUGGGCUGAGUGGUACACUGCUCCUGACGUCGUUCAAAAGAUGGCCAAGGUCGACCUUGCAAAGGAAGAUCGCCUGUGGUACUAUCUCGGGAAACCUUCGACCGAGGCCAGGCCACAGUACACUGAGGAUCCCGCCAAGCAGAGGAACAAUCCCAAGAGUAACUUUUUAGAUACCGUCAAGCCACCACCCCCUCCCGUGCCGACAUUCCACCGUGCUUCGUAUCCGGCUACAUACCCCAUCAAACCUGCGCCUAUCGCGGUGCCUUCGCGGACCACGAUACAACUGUCAGAUGGCCGACCGUACACUUAUAAGCCAAAGGAUACGGUGAUAACGUCAUUUCGGUCGCCUGUGUAUAAUCCUGACACCCGGAAGAACCCCAAUUCACCUGUAGCUCAUCAACCCAAUGUCAGUUAUGACCAUCGGAUGCCAGCUGGACCGUAUGGACAACAGUAUCAUGGCUAUCAUUCUCAACGGACACCGCAGCCUCAGCCGCAACAAUUUCAGUGCCAUCCCUAUGUACCGCCGCAGAGUUAUUCCACUGCAUCCUGGAAGGCACAGCCAGCAACAUCUGGGCCCUUGCUGAGUGGAAUCGACAAGUAUGCGCAGCCGUCGAACGCCACUCUACCGCCAUAUCCCUAUGGUCAGAGCCCUCGCCAGGUGCCAGCAUCACCCUACUCACCAACCCCAGGAUCAAGCGCGGCCUCGCCUUAUGGGCCCCCAGGUCGCCAGAACCAGGCGCCAAACGGUCGCACGUCGAUCUCAAGCAUGUCGAGCAACCCUACUGGGCCUCCCAAACCUCCAAUACUGGAUGGUGGAAUCGCACCUGAAUGGAUGCCCAAGCCGCCGGUGCCGAGAGCUAGUACUACACCUACUGCGAUUGCGCCGCGGCCCAUUGCGCCUAGUGGGGUUACGUCUGGAUACUAUGGACCAAGGCCAGCGGGGCCGCCUGCACCAAGGCCAGCAGCGCAGUUCCAAACGCCGGAUGCCUUUCAGCGCGAAAUGGCUCGCACGACGCAAACCCCAGAAGCGCCAAAGUGGGAGCAAAUGCUCAAGCAACUGGCUACUUCGGCGGCUCCACAUGCGCCUCAACCUCGCUAUCCGCUAUCUGGCCCCCGCUCGAGCAUGUCGUAUGAUUUGCCACGAAGCAUGCAAGCGUCCCCGUCGCAAACACCGCCUGGGCCCCCACCCAAAGAGCCGCAGCGACCUACACCCAGCCCGAUUAGCGAUGACGGAAAGGAGGGUGGAGAGAAAAAUCCUGUGCUACCGCCGCUGCAGCCUGCACCGUCUGGUGUCCACGGAGCGGAGACAUGGCGGUACUCAUCAUGA